AGGGUCCACCCAGUACACCAGACCUUACUGUCCAACUAACAUGGAGAAGAUCAGCAAUUACCGCAGCAAGUAUAAAAACCACACCUUUGUCACUGGUUUAACAUCUAAAGAGCACAUUGAUUCACUGCAGAGCUUUGAAGUACGAGACAGCGACAUUUUUGCAGUAACUUACGCAAAGUCAGGCACAAUAUGGACUCAGCAGAUCAUCAUCUCCAUCUGUGAGUUAGGUGGGGGUCUGAAUAAAUAUCCCAACAACUCCCGUCAGAUGCCGUGGCUGGAGUACCCGGUGGGCCACGACGACUACUCUCUGCGUCCGUCUCCGAGGCUCUUUUCCUCCCAUCUCAAGCCUGAUCUCAUGCCUCCAGGACUGAAAGACAAGAAGGCCAAGAUCAUCUACGUGAUGCGUAAUCCUAAAGACACCCUGGUCUCCUACUACCACUUCAGCAAAACCGUAGCUGACCUGGAGACUCCAAAGAGCUUUGACUGGUGUUUUGAACAGUUUUUAAAAGAAGCAUCCUGGUUUGACCACAUCAGAAAAUGGCAUCUAGAGAAGGACCAUUACAACAUCCUCUUCCUCACCUAUGAAGACAUGCUUCUGGACCUGAAAGCAGCUGUAACCAAGAUCUGCAGCUUCUUAGGGAAGAACCUCAGUGAAGAAGAUAUUGAGCAAGUCGUAGAAAAAUGCACUUUCAGGAACAUGAAGAAAGAUCCAAAAGCCAACUACGAGUUUUUACCAAAAGAACGCUUUAGUGGAAGCUUCAUGCGUAAAGGUCAGAUCGGUGACUGGAAGAACAUGUUCUCUGCUGCUCAGAGUGAAAGAGUCGAUAAAAUGCUGCAGGAGAAACUUGGUGACCUGUCACUGAAGUUCAUCUGGGAAUAAACCAGUGUGCUUCCCCCCAAUCAGCCACAGCAACUUUCGGGCUUUUAAUGUUUUUUUCUGCUGAGAUAAUUCAGACAAGACACUAAAUAAAAGUAAAAUAAAAUAAUUACUUCUGAAUGAGGAAUUAAGUAUCACAACAUGAGAUGAAAGACAGUUUUUAUUUAACUAACGGACAAAUUGAUUUAUUUCCAGUACUGAAGGUUUGUAAUUGACUAACAAAAUGAAUGGGCCACUUUACAUCAUAGUGUACUGUAAAUCAGAUCCUAGUCACACAAACAUGUUCAAAAAUUUAGAUACAACAAUUUCUACUGUCUUUACAAAUGGCUAUAUAUCACAAAUUGAAAUACAGUACAUUAAAUAUUAUUUCUUUUGUCUUUAAA